GAUGGUCUCGAUCUCCUGACCUCGUGAUCCGCCCGCCUCGGCCACCUAAAGUGCUGGGAUUACAGGCGUGAGCCACCGCGCCCAGCCCUACUUUUAAAAUUUUUUGUAGAGCGGGGUCUCACUAUGUUGGCCAUGCUGGUCUCGAAUUCCUGGCCUCAAGCGAUCCUCCCGCCUUGGCCUCCCAAAAGCUGGGAUUACAGGUGUGAAACCCCGCGCCGGUCUGAACCUCAAUGUUUGAACCACCAAAUUUUACCUGUAUUGACACAGGCCCCGUCUUGUUGUUUUUCUAAAUCUCAUGUCAUUGUUUGCAUAUUGGUUACCCGUGGUUGGCUUUGGAGCUGAAGGUGGACAGAGCUAACAUCAGGUUGCACACAGGAACAGAGUGAGGUCGCGAAAAAGUAGCGCGAGCUGCCUCGAUGGCCCAGGGCGACCUCACCGGCGUUUCCUGUCUGGGACUGCGCCCACGCGGUCACGUGGUGGCCCGGAGUACGCGCGGCGGCAGCGGCGCACGCGCACGGAGAGGAGGCUACUUGCCAGGUGAGCGAGCUGAGUGGGGCGCCGGGGCGGUAGGAGGGCGCUGUUCGCUGAGCUGGAGUCCGGGCUCCGGUCCCCGCCACGGACCUUGAGAGGGUACCCGGGGUCAGACCUGGCAGACAGCCCGUUUUUUCUUAUGAUAAAGACGGCAUUUGGCUCAUGAGCAAGGUGGCAAGAUCAUCAAGUGAGUCAGACGUGCAGCUCUGGGAAACAGAAGAGGAUGACAUGACAGAAGGUGAUUUAGGGUAUGGCCUCGGAAGGAAACCUGGUGGGAUUUAUGAAAUAGAAUUUUCACAUAGGUCUAGAAAAAGAUCAGAUGGAAAGAACUUUAGCCCUCCUCCAUUUCCGAGAAAGGGAGAAGAAAGAAAUGAAGCGAGUUUUCAGUAUUCCAAGCAUAAGAGCCAGCAAGAUACAUUCCCUCAAGUGUCCAGAAUUUCCAAUUACAGACGACAAAGUAGCACUGUAGAUUCGAAUUCAGAAUUGUCAAAUGAAGAAUUAAGGCAAUGUCUUAAUGAAACUUUAGAGGAGGUAGAAAUGUUAAAAACUGAACUUGAGGCAUCUCAAAGACAACUCAGAGGUAAAGAGGAAGCAUUGAAAAUUCUUCAAAGCAUGGCAAUACUUGGCAAAGCCACAAGUCAUACGCAGGCAGUGCUUCAAAAAACUAUGGAACAAAACAGAUCCUUGGAGAAGGAAAUAAAUGCCUUGCAGUGGGAAAUAGAAUUUGAUCAUAAUAGAUUUAAAAAUAUAGAGGAAUCUUGGAUCCAAAAAUAUGACAGGCUAUACUGUGAAAAUGCAGUCCUCAAAGAGAAUUUGAAAGUGAAAACAGAAGAAAUUAAAAUGCUGAAGUCUGACAAUGCAGUUUUGAAUCAACGGUAUUUGGAGGCCCUCGCCAUGCUUGAUAUCAAACAGCAGAAGAUGGCUCAGGAAAACAUGUGCUGUGAUAAAAGUGGCUUUGCAGAGGCUUCAGGUCUUGAGCUUGCAGUCCUCGGAGCCUGCCUUUGUCAUGGGCCUGGAGGGAACCCCUGUUCUUGUGCCAGAAUGGCAGCAUCCACUCGGAAACUGCUUCUUCAGCUCAAACAAGAGUUGGAACUUUUGCAGAAGAGUAAAGAAGAAGCUUACGUGAUGGCAGAUGCUUUCAGAAUUGCAUUUGAGCAACAAUUAAUGAGAAAAAAUGACCAGGCACUACAAUUGACACAAAUGGAUAAAAUGCAUAAAAAAGCAACAAAAUGGAUGAAUUGGAAGCACCUUAAAGAGGAUGGCUUUCCAUCACCAAGGAGUAAGAAGACCUUCGGGCAGAGACUGUUGGAUAUGCUCCCUUCAGAAAACAGUUCUAAGAGGAUGGAAGACCAGGACAGUCCUCAAGAGGUCCUUAAGAUGCUCAUAGAUUUGCUUAAUGAUAAAGAAGCAGCUUUGGCUCAUCAAAGAAAAGUUAGCUACAUGCUUGCUCGGGCAUUGGAAGACAAAGACACUGCUUCAAAAGAGAAUAAAGAAAAAAAUCCUAUAAAAGAGAAUUUCCCUUUCAACAACCCCUGGCAUAAGACUUCAGAAUUCUCUGUUUUGGGUGAUCCUAUACAUUCAAGUGUCUGCAUUUUAAAUUCUGUGGGCUGCAUUUGUUCAAUCCAGCACUCUCAAAUAGAUCCAAACUAUAGAACUCUUAAAAGAUCCCAUUCUUUGCCAUCAAGUAUCAUAUUUUAAAGACAAGCCAGUUGAAAUUGGAACUGAGAGUUGUUUAUUAUCGAGAUACUUUGAAAAAUGAUUUUGUAAAUUUUGCUGCAUCUUGAGAAGUUGUAUGUUUCCUAGGUAUUUCUAAAUUUUAGGAGGUCGCUUAAAUCAAAUAUUUUCUACAUUUUCUUUUUCUUCUUUUGAGAUGGAGUCUCGCUCUGUCACCCAGGUUGGAGUGCAGUGGUGUGAUCUCGGUUCACUGCAACCUCCGCCUCCCGGUUCAAGCAAUUCUCCUGCCUCAGCCUCCCGAGUAACUCGGAUUACAGGCAUGUGCCACCACGCCCAGCUAAUUUUUGUAUUUUUAGUAGAGAUGGGGUUUUACCAUGUUAGCCAGGCUGAUCUUGAACUCCUGACCUCAAGUGAUCCACCUGCCUUGGCCUCCGAAAGUGCUGGGAUUACAGGCGUGAGCCACCACACCCAGCCUAUUUUCUACAUUUUCUACAAGAAAUUAGUAUUCCGUGUUGACAUUUCAUUUAUAAAUUACAUUACUGUAUUUAUAAAUUACAUUACUGUAUUUAUAAAUUACAUUACAGGCUGGGCAUGGUGGCUCAUGCUUAUAAUCCCAGCACUUUGGGAGGCCGAGGUGGGUGGGUCACCUGAGGUUGGAGUUCAAGACCAGUCUGACCAACAUGGAGAAACCCCGUCUCUACUAAAAAUACAAAAAAUUAGCUAGGCGUAGUGGCGCAUGCCUGUAAUCCCAGCUAUUUGGGAGGCUGAGGUAGGAGAAUCCCUUGAACCUGGGAGGCGGGGGUUGUGGUGAGCCGAGAUUGUGUCAUUGCACUCCAGCCUGGGCAACAAGAGCGAAACUGUCUCAAAAACAAAAACAAAAACAAAAAAAAACACAUUACAGUGUUUGCCAACAUCCUAAAACAAAAAAUGAUGAUUUUGGGGAAAAACAAAAAAUUAUUUAACUAUUUUGAUUGACUAUAGGGAUCUUAGAUUGGCUAAAUCAACAAUAUAGCAAUGUAUCUUAAUGCUCUAAAAAGUAACAAUACCUAGGACUGACUGAAUGUUAAUUUCUGGAAUUCAUUUAUCUUGUUUUAUUUGCCUUGUUCAGUAUUUUUCAUUUACCAUAUAAAGUUUAGAAAUAACAAUUUCCUUAAGUUAACUUCAAUAAGACAGUUUUGAUGGUGGGACCUUGGCAGAAGUAUAUCGAGUCACUGCCGGCUACGUUCAUGGCUUCUUGUCAGGGUAGCAACAUUUUGCAACCAAAUCUGCACAAUUUGUAGCCAAGUCUACAAAGUGCUUAACAGCUCUUUUCAUUGCAUCCUGUGAGAUGGUUGAUGAUCCAGGAAAUGGGGUCUCAGGAAUCUGAAGAAGCUGCCUGAGCCAAGGUGAUUUCUAGGAGUUUUUUUGUUUGUGGUGUGUGAAUUGGGGUGUGUGGGGGCGGGGUGUGUGUGUAGACAGGGUCCCACUGUGUUGCUCAGGCUGGUCCCAAACUCCUGGCCUCAAGGGAUCCUCCUGCCUCAGCCUCUCAAAGUGCUGGGAUUACAGGCGUAAACCACCACAACUCAAUAAAAAAGUUUUUAAAAAUUUACAAAGCUCAUAUUUGAUCCAGCUAGGAUUUUACCCUGUACAUUUGUAUUUCUUGUAGGCUGGCGCACAGAUAUCUUAAAUGGCUACUAAUUGCUGCUGUGUAUGAAAACAAAUGGCUACCAAGGCCGGCGGGUGCAGUGGCUCACAGAUCUGGUCUGAAUCUCGAGUCCAGACCAGUCCAGAGUUCAAGACCAGCCUGGGCAACAUGGUGAAACCGCAUCUAUACAAAAACUUGGCAAGGCAUGGUGGCAUGCACCUGUUGUCCCAGCUACUCAGGGGGCUGAGGCAGGAGGAUUGCAUGAGCCCAGGAGCUUGAGGCUGCAGUGAGCUGUGAUUGUGCCACUGCACUCCAGCCUGAGUGACAGAGUGAGACCCCCAUCUCCAAAAGAAAAGGCUAUCAAUACAAAAGUUUAUCUAAAUUACUGUACAGCUAUACAAUGGAAUACUCUACAAAAUGGAGAUCCAUAAGAUAAAGCAAAUGAAUAAAGCAAAAUGCAUGUGUUGACAGCUGUUGUGAUACCUCAGUUCUUGUCUUCCUGGUUUAAAAGAAUUUAAACGAGACAGCAAAGGAGAUGCAGCAUAAUUUAUUGCAAAAGAAAAGGAGUAUUUUGAAAGUUAGGUGCAGAAUAGACAGUACACCUGAGAGAGAGAAUUCAGGGCCGGCUGCUCAUAAGGGUGAGACAGCAUUGAUUAUUGCUGGAGAAACUCCCUUUAUGGGAGUUUUGCAUUAUUAUUCAUAAGGAGGUGAGGUGUUGCUAGUAAUCAUGUCCUGGGUGGUCCUCUGCACAGGUGCAGUAGCUGUUAAUGCUUGUUCAUACAUCACAUGUCUCAAUAGCAUCUUAAAUUUCCACCUAGAGGUGUGUUUAUUAUUAUUAUAAUGUGCAAAGGAUCAGUUUGAGGACAGGUAAAAUCAAAAUGUGCAUGCUCUCUAGAAGGGAAAGUCCCUACUGAAGAUAGCUUUGCUUAAAUGAGCUCAAUUACAAUGUGAAUGCUGAGGUUUAUUGUGUUGGCUGUAUGGUCAUGAGAACAUGGUCAUUUCCUUGACUACCUGAUAUGGUUUGGCUGUGUCCCCACCCAAGUCUUAUUUUGAAUUGUAAUCCCCAUAAUUCCCACAUGUUGAAGGAGGGGACUUGGUGGUAGGUGACUGGAUCAUGGGGGUGGUAUCCCCCAUGCAAAACAUGCCUGCUUCCUCUUCUGCCAGGAUUGUAAGUUUCCUGAGGCCUCCCCAGCCAUGUGGAGCUAUGAGUCAAUUAAACCUCUUUCCUUUAUAAAUUACUGAGUCUUGGGUAGUAUCUUUAUAGCAGUUUGAGAACGGAUUAAUACACCCCUAUCCUGCCUCACAUGUUAGACACAUUUUGAGUGUCCUCAGAUGCCUUUGGCGCUAUUAUCUCCUGGACUCUUAGCUGCCUGGCUGCUUCUCCCUCGGCUUGGCUGCUUCUCCCUUGGCAGCUCCCUGUACGUACGUACACACACACACUCACACACACACACACACACACACACACGGAAAUCAGACAGAUUUGAAGCACAAGUGGGUUUGAUGCACUGCUGCUGUCCUGCGGUGAGUGCCACAGGACAAAGGCAUGGAAGUUUCCUUAAGAAGCUGAGAGAGGCCCUGGGCUAACAGUCAAAAGGGAAAUGGGGGCAAUGGAGCACAAGAAUUGCAACUAUAAGAACUGCAUGAGCGGCUGGGCGCGGUGGCUCACGCCUGUAAUCCCAGCACUUUGGGAGGCCAAGGCGGGCAGAUCACGAGGUCAGGAGAUAGAGACCAUCCUGGCUAACACAGUGAAACCCCGUCUCUACUAAAAAUACAAAAAAUUAGCUGGGCGUGGUGGCGGGCACCUGUAGUCCCAGCUACUCGGGAGGCUGAGGCAGGAGAAUGGGUGAACCCAGUGGGUGGAGGUUGCAGUGAGCCGAGAUCGUGCCACUGCACUCCAGCCUGGGCGACAGAGCAAGACUCCAUCUCCAAAAAAAAAAAAAAAAAAAAAACAAAAAAAACCCUGCAUGAGCUUGGUAGCAGAUUCUUUCCAGGGGCCUCCAAAUAAAACUGUAGUCUGACUAACACCUUGAUUUUGGCCUUGUGAGACCCUAAGCAGAAAACACAGCUGAGCCAGAUAUAUGGCCUACAGAACUGUGAGCUAAUACAUUUGUGUUACUUUAAUUAGCUGGGCAUGGUGGUACACAUUUGUAAUCCCAGCUACUUGGGAGGCUAAGGUGGGAGGAUCACCUGAACCCCAGGAUGCAGAGGUUACAGUGAGCUGAGAUUGCACCACUGCACUCCAGCCUGGGCAACAGAGCAAGACUCUGUCUCAUUAAAAAAAAAAAAAAAAAAAUUAACCAGGCAUGGUGGUAUGCAGCUGUAGUCCCAGCUACUGGGGACACUGAGGUGGAAGGAUGGCUUGAGCCCAGGAGUUCGAAGCUGCAGUGAGCCAUGACUGCACUACUACACUCCAACCUGGGCAACAGAGACUAUCUCACAAAAAAAAAAAAAAAAAAAAAAGAGAGAGAUUCUAUCAAUUUAUAUACAAUUUUGAGACCCAAAACAAUGCUGUACAUUGUUAUGCAUCUCACUACAUGCACUCUUACAGAAUACUAGCAUCAAAUCAUGGAAAGAUACACACCAAUUUCAUAGAGUCAUUUCCCUCUGGGGAAAGUGAAAAGGAAAAAAUAGAAAUAAAGUGAAGUAUUGGCUGGGCGCGGUGGCUCACACCUGUAAUCCCAGCACUUUGGGAGGUCAAGGCGGGUGGAUGAAAAGGUCAGGAGUUUGAGACCAGCCUGGCCAAUAUGGUGAAACCCCAUCUCUACUAAAAAUACAAAAAAAAA